AUGCCAGACCAACAGCCGAGGACGCAUCCCGUGGCGGAGGCUCGCGUCUCUCCCAGCGCUUCUGCUCAACCUUCAUUGCUACCGACCGCAACUUCAACAGCUUCGAACACAUCCGGUGGGGGUGUCUUAGUGCCAAACACUUCCAUCGCGGAUGAGUCUGCUCGCAGGUGUAGCCGGCAGCUGGCAGCAGGCACUUAUGACCCGCACUUCAACACGUUUAACUUCACUUCCCGCAGCAAAACCGCCUCGCACACCGCCAGCACCAGCGACAGCAGCGACAGCAGCGACAGCAUCGACCAGCCUCCCACGUGGCCCACCACAGCCACUCCCAUCCACCCCCUGCAGCAGGCCCAGCACCAGUACCUGCCCCCACACGUGCGCCUCCACAAUGACAUACCACGCAACCACGACAACCCCGUCACCGACUACAUCACGCCGCCCACCCACGGCGCGGACCCGCUCGACAUCACCUCCUUCCACCCCUUGCAAGCCUGGGCCGCCCCAUCCAACCUCCCCAUCGGGCUCGGUCUCCUCGAACAGCCCGCGCCGCCAAUUUACCAAAGCGCCGCAUCCACCGUCCCGCUCCCGCUCUUCCGCGACAACCACGGCCCUCCCGUGACCGGCGCGCUCGGACAGCCGCUGUACGACCUACUGAUCCUACCGCCUUCCAUCUCGACGGCGGUCGAGCCGUGGCGCGUCGCCAUGUGGCUGUGCUACGAGCCGUGCGCGACGCUGUUCGACGUCACGGCGCGGAUGCGCGUCGUGUCGACGAUGGGGCGGCUGCAGGCGGUGCAGGACGCGCUUGCGGAGGCGGUGGUGGCGUGGUGCGAGGGCAAUGCGGGGAUGGCGUUUCAUCGGCCGUUGGCGGCCGGGCGUGGCGGCGGCGGCGGGGUCACGGAGAGGGAUGUGCGGAUCGUGGGGGAGCUGGGGAUGGAGAGGGUGGCGAGGAACUGCGUGUGGGAGCUGUGGAGGGGGUGUGCGGUGAGGGGGGUGUUUGUCAGGCAGCCGGGUGGGGAGGGGGCGAUGUGGGCGACGGCGGUGUGGGAGGUUGAGGUUGAGGGGGGUGUGCGGGGGCGGAAGACGGCGUUGGCGGUGUGGGAGGGGAAGAGGAGGGAGGCGGAGAGGUAUGGGGUCGAGUGUGGCGAGAUGGUGGAGGUGGUGGAGGAUUCGUUCUGCAUGUGGCUGAUGGGAUCGGGGGCACCGAGGGAGCGCCCUACGCCGGCGGAUGUGCUGGCUAUGGGCGGCGGUGAUGUUGAGUGGGCCCUCGGGAGGUGGAAUGUCCAGCCCGCUGCCAGACCUGGCUCCCAGCAGGGCAACCAGAAGCGCCCGGUUCCGCAGACUGCCAGCCCUGCCGAGUCGUCCAACUCACACGCUCUUCCUGGCACGGAUGCGAACACCGAUCAGACGGCUACAGCAAAUCACGGGCGUCCCCAGCGGUCUCCUUCGGCUGCGCAUACUGCCAAUUUUGAUCCUGCCCUUCGAUUUGGCUCUCAGGCUCCAGCCAACCAUAAUUCCACUGUGUGGAGUCACAGCAACAUUCACCUCCCGCAAAACCCUUCUCAGAACCAGGAUGUAGAGCAUGAGCGAUCGUAG